AUGGCGGAGGCGGUGGACCGCUUGAGGCAGCUGAGGAAGCAAACAGGGCUGAACGGAGCUGAACCGUGGUGUUUGAUCCUGGGGGAAUCUGACGGGGCGACGGUGAGCUAUUGCGGCGGCAGAGAUGGGAAGAAGAAGAUGAUGAGAUUGAGCGUGUGCUGCGACGAUCGGCCAGGGCUGAACGGAGAUUUGAGGCAGGUGAUUCGGUCGGUGCGGGCGAGGGCGGUUCGGGCGGAGAUCAGUUGA